AUGAAUUGGGCAUUUGUCAGAUAAUCCAUCAAACUUCCAACAGAUGGUGAGCGUCUUAGCAGGGGUGAUCACAUCUGUCAUCAGCAAGCUCACUGCCCUGCUUGGGGAGGAGUACGCAAAGCUGAAGGGUGUGCACAGGGAGGUGGAGUUCAUGAAAGAUGAGCUGAGCAGCAUGAACGCACUCCUUCACAGGUUUGCAGAGGUAGACUGCGAUCUUGAUGUGCAGACGAAGGAAUGGAGUAGCCAAGUCAGGGAGAUGUCUUAUGACAUCGAGGAUUGCAUUGACGACUUUAUGAAAAGCCUUGGUCAAACUGAGAUGGCCAAGUCUGCAGGGCUUGUCCAAAGUGUAGUCCAGCAGCUCAAGGCAGUGAGGGUGCGCCAUCAAAUCUCCAGCCAAAUCCAGGGGCUUAAGGCACGUGUUGAAGAUGCAAGCAAGCGGCGUAUGAGGUAUAAGAUCGAUGAGCGCACCUUCGAGCCUAGCAUCUUAAGGGCCAUCGACCGUCGUUUGCCUUCGCUCUAUGCUGAACAGGAUGAACUUGUCGAUAUUGACCAGCCAAGAGAUGAGCUCAUCAAGUGCCUAAUGGAGGGGGUGGGUUCAUCGGUGCAGAAACUAAAGGUCAUAUCUAUUGCGGGUCCUGGAGGCCUCGGUAAAACUACCCUUGCGAAUGAGGUGUACCGUAAACUGGAAGGCCAGUUCCAGUGUCGAGCUUUUGUUUCUUUGUCACAGCAACCAGAUGUGAAUAAGAUCUUAAGAAAUAUACUCUCUCAAGUCUGCCAGCAGGAGCUUCCUAGCACAGAUAUAUGGGACGAGGGGAAGCUCAUCGAUGCAAUCAGAGAAGUUUUAAAGAACAAGAGGUACUUAGUCAUCAUUGAUGAUGUAUGGAGUACUCAAGCAUGGAAGAUUAUCAAAUGUUCUUUUUUUUGAAUGAUCUGGGAAGCAGAAUAAUGACGACAACACGUAGUA